UCUCAUCCCAUCGACAAGCUUGAGUUUGUUCAUAAUCUCAGAUCGUCUCCUUCCAAGUUCGAAAUUCUCUCUUUCUCAAUAUCGUUGGGUCUGAGAUUUUCAUUUGGGGUUCCGUCACAAUGUCGGGAAAAGGAGCCAAGGGAUUGAUCAUGGGGAAAUCUCCGGCGGGAAGCAAGGAUAAAGACAAGGACAAAAAGAAACCUAUUUCCCGCUCCUCACGCGCCGGUCUCCAGUUCCCUGUUGGCCGUGUUCAUCGUCUACUUAAAACAAGGGUCAGCGCCAACGGUAGGGUAGGCGCUACAGCAGCUGUGUACACGGCCGCAAUUCUAGAGUACUUGACCGCUGAAGUUCUAGAAUUGGCUGGAAACGCAAGCAAGGAUCUCAAGGUGAAGCGUAUAACUCCCCGACAUCUACAGCUCGCCAUUCGUGGGGACGAAGAACUCGAUACUCUCAUCAAAGGAACCAUAGCCGGUGGAGGUGUGAUCCCCCACAUUCACAAGUCCCUCAUCAACAAAUCCUCCAAAGAGUGAGUUACUGUAAAUAUCUUAGAUGAAUCUCUGUGUCCUGUUAUUGUUAACCCGGUGAGAUACCUGGAAGAAUAGCUUGUUGCUUGUACAUAGAAGUUUCUGUCACCUUUCUUGAGCAGAUGUUAUUAAGCACAUGCUUUACAGAGUCCCGCUUGCUCUUAUGCUAAUGCAGACAAAAGCCAUGAA